UUCUCGUCAAAUAUUUCUCCUCAUAGGUGUCCUCAUCCAUAAGACGCAGUUUGCGUUGAGGUCGAGUGGGAAUCCCCCUAAAAUGGAGGCAAUACAUGGGAAUGCACGUAGUGCCGUGCACACUUUCUCUACUCCUCCCUUCUGCCCUCCCUCGUCUCGUCUUCUGCCUAGCAGCAGCUAGCAAGUUCGCUUCACGCUUCCCCAUCGCUCGCUUCGUCGUUCAACUCGAAACACCCCGCAGCCGCUGGGCAUUGUCCGAAGCUUUAAGCAGGAAACCGCGCGAUCGAAAGCUCUCGGUUCAACGCGGGAACUUUUGCAACCAAAGCGCGCGCCUCACAUCAGCCAGUGAUCGUGACGUAGUUAUUGACAAAUCUUCAUUUCGCUUUGCGCUGCAUUUGAUGUCACCCGAGCUCUAGCCGCGCGCUGUCUGCACAGGACUCCUGCCACAAAGGACUCUCUUAGAAGUGCGCGAGGACACGUCACAGUGCGAUGAAAGGGACGCAGGGAGAGCAGGAGGGAUGAGAAAGCGAUUCAAGUGAAAGAAGACUCACAUCACCAUAAAGUGCCUCAUCUGGAUGCUGCGGAAGCCCUUCUCUGUGUCUGCUUCGGAGCGCUCUCUUCCCCGCUGACUUCAGCACAUGCGUGUGCGCUUGGCCUUGGCUCGGGCUAUAUUUCACCCUGACAGUCAAUCAACCCAUUUGCCUGUUCCUCGAUUCCAGCUCUGCCUGCUCGCCAUUUCACCUCUUAAUACAAGGACGCCUGUCGAUUAGUUUCCCUUUUGGGUUCUCAAAGUGUCUCUCUCUUUACUUCUGCAGUCUCUCCAUCCCUUGUGACCCAGACAUGCGAGUAUCUUUAGGGACUGCUGCGCCAAUGGCAACAGGGCAGGGGGUUUCGGAAGCCUAAAUUUAGAGAAAGUCCGUUUUACAUCAAUGCAAGAGGGCUAUUUUAAACCCAGAGCUCCGGAGGGUGAGUCUAGACAGUGGGGCGACCACUGCAGACAAAUACAAAGUGCCGCUCUACUCUACUUUUAAUGCCUCGUUUUCCUGGACGGCAGCCGAAGAUGCACCGCAGCAUGUCACAUUGACCUACUCCACCUCAGCACGCUUGAUUCAUCGCUCUCCCUACCUGACUUUAAACUGAUCUCAUAUUCUCGUCAUACUUCCUCACUGGCUGAUCAACAGACUAUGCUCCCUUCCUGUUCAUAAGAAAGUUUGGUUUUCAUUUCUAGAUAGUACCGGUAGUCUGAGGAUCUCCUUGCCACUGUGCUUAUUUUUUGCAGCCUUUGUGCUUCAUCACGCCUGGCUGCCCCACCCCAGCCCUCCGCUCACUCGCCAAGGGACCGCCAUGGCCGUCAAUGUGACCAUGGGUCGCGACACCAAGUGGCUGACGCUAGAGGUGUGCAGAGAGUUCCAGCGAGGAACCUGCUCGCGUUCGGACACUGAAUGCAAGUUCGCUCACCCCUCUCGUACCUGCCACGUGGAGAACGGCCGCGUCAUCGCCUGUUUCGACUCUCUCAAGGGGUUCCUGCUCCAUCCCUCUAUCCCCCAAGAGCUCCUUGACCUGAAAAAGGGACGCUGUACACGUGAUAACUGUAAGUACCUGCAUCCUCCGCCUCAUCUCAAGACCCAGCUGGAGAUAAACGGCAGGAACAACCUGAUCCAGCAGAAGACCGCAGCCGCCAUGCUGGCCCAGCAGAUGCAGUUCAUGCUGCCUGGAGCUCAGCUGCAGCCCAUAACAUCGUUCCCAGUAACGCCUUCCUUGGCCAACAGUCCGAGCAUGGCUUUCAGCCCAUACCUGAGCCACAUGAGCCCGGGCAUCAGUCUCAUGCCCGAACUUCUGCCCAGUGCCCCCGUGCUGGUCCCGGGGAGCCCCACCGGCAUCGCCAUGGGCAACGGAAAUUCAACGCAGAAACAUGUUCGCACAGACAAGCUUGAGGUGUGUCGAGAAUUCCAGCGGGGAAACUGCACACGUGGGGAGAACGACUGCCGCUAUGCCCACCCAAUGGAAGCCGCCAUGGUGGACGGCAGCGAGAACUCCGUCAUUGUUUGCAUGGAUUACAUUAAGGGCCGAUGCACCCGUGACAAAUGCAAGUACUUUCACCCUCCGGCUCACUUACAGGCCCGAAUAAAGGCGGCGCAGCACCAAGCCAGCCAGAAUGCUGCUGCCAUGCCCUCAGUGCGUCCUCUGAAGCGCAGCCUGCAACCAACUUUCAAUCUGGCUCUUCCACCAGGAGCCAUGCAACAGCUACCAAAGAGACCGACCCUGGAGAAGACUAACGGCGCGGCUGCCGUCUUCAACCCCAGCAUGUUCCACUACCAGCAGGCUUUGGCCAGCAUGCAGCUGCAGCAGCCAGCGUUCAUUCCCACAGGCCUUUUCAAACCCCCAGGCCUAAUGACAGAUGGCCGCUGGGAGAGGCGGGACUGGACCAGCUGCAGGGCCCCCCAAAGCCGUUACCUGUUAGGGCCUGGAUAUACUGUUCCCAUGAUGCACGGUGCCGCCACUUCCACUGUUUCGUCGGCUACGACCCCAGUCACCAAUGUUCCUUUUGCUGAAUCAGCCAACUCCAACCAGACGCCGCCGAGGUACUGAGCGCCGAACCCAUCGACCUCCAGUGCGUUCCCAUGGAGGCCCAUUUCUGUCCCGUUCCUAAACUCCUGGUUGCUGCACCAAUGACGCU